AUGGAUCCAUCGGCAAUGCUGUAUAACCAGCUCAAGGCUGCAGACCCGUUCUUCCUGUUAGCAGGUCCCAAUGUGAUUGAAUCAGAGGAACACAUUAUGCGGAUGGCUAAACACAUCAAAACUAUUUCAUCUAAAUUUGGAAUUCCGUUGGUUUUCAAAUCAAGCUUCGAUAAAGCUAAUCGGACAUCUUCUAAAUCAUUUCGAGGCCCAGGGAUGGUUGAGGGAUUGAAGAUACUUGAGAAGGUUAAAAUAGCUUACGACCUCCCUAUAGUGACAGAUGUGCAUGAGGCCAGCCAGUGUGAACCAGUUGGCAGAGUUGCAGAUAUCAUUCAAAUUCCAGCAUUCUUAUGCCGCCAAACAGAUCUUCUAGUUGCAGCAGCCAAAACUGGAAAGAUUAUCAACAUCAAGAAGGGCCAAUUCUGCGCUCCUUCUGUCAUGGAGAAUUCAGCGGAAAAGGUUCGGUUAGCUGGAAAUCCUAAUGUGAUGGUUUGUGAGAGAGGAACAAUGUUUGGCUACAAUGAUUUGAUUGUUGAUCCACGUAAUCUGGAGUGGAUAAGAGAAGCCAAUUGUCCUGUUGUAGCUGAUAUAACGCACUCGCUACAACAACCUGCCGGAAAGAAGUUGGAUGGAGGAGGUGUUGCAAGUGGAGGUCUUCGAGAACUAAUACCUUGCAUUGCAAGGACAUCAGUUGCCGUUGGAGUGGAUGGGAUCUUCAUGGAGGUGCAUGAUGAUCCACUAAAUGCACCUGUAGAUGGUCCAACACAGUGGCCUUUGCGCCACUUAGAGGAGCUACUUGAAGAACUCAUAGCUAUUUCUAGGGUAAGCAAAGGGAAGAAGCCAUUUAACAUUGAUCUCACGCCGUUUCGUGAAUAA